AUGUCGCCUACUAGUGCUUCCCACCGUCGCACGCAUAAUUUACUUUUAAUAUCCAAGCUACUCAGUCUUCGCGAUUCUACGUCUCCGUUAACCCUGCUCCUGGACUCUCUCGAACAGCCUGCUACACCCUUGAUUAAGGAAUAUAUUAGAAGAGCAAAGCUAUCAAAAGUUCAUGUUAUAUUUGUCUCCUUCGAGACUCUGACGCGCCCAGAUGGCAUCGAUACAUUUAUCCUGGCCCGACGAAAAAGUUUGGCAGAUAUUGCAACAGAAGUGGUUUCCGCAGCAUCGUCACCACUGCUGCCAUAUCCUUCAGCAGCAACGGCUUCAAAUAAAUCCCUUGUAAUUAUCGACUCUGUCAAUCCAAUGAUAGAUCGUAAGAGUAACGCGAACAAUGAGCAGAAGAAGCAGACGGCGUCAUCAUCGGGCCGCCGCAUCGAGCACGGCAAGAGCACCGAUGACGAUGACCUCAACGGCGUCGUUAUUGAAAUGGAACAUCGGCGCAAGAGUGGCAGGGGAGUUGUGGAGUGGUAUUUCUUGCCACCUGCGGUGAGGAUUCAUCGGCAGCAGGGAAAAGAAUUGGUGAUGUUGCUCGACGAUCAUCCGCUAUAUCACCAGGGGGAGGAGCAGGGCGGUGCUGAAAGGGGGGGAUGGGAGCCGGAGUCAACAUUUGAGUUAGGCUUAACGGAGCGGCAGAGGUUGGAGAGGGAAGGGGUUGUAUUGCCUUAUUUCGAUGCGCAGAGAGGGGAGGGGCCUGGUGAGGGCGGUAGGAUCCUUUAUGAUAUGGGAGAAGAAGAUGAUUUUGAUGAAGAGGAGGAUGAGAUUUGA